AGCAGAGCAUAUCCUCUUUCUCUGCUGUAGACAUCUGCCUCGCUGCUGCAGCUCUAUCGGCCAAAACCUCUACAAUCUCAAUGGCGGCAAAUGGCAUCCAGCAACCGUUGCUACACGGCGUCGGCGAUACAGCUGCCGCUGGUGACAUUCAACAGAAGCAGCGGAAUGGGGUCAAGAGGUUCCGGCGCUGCCGGACGGCGCCAUCCUCGGACCCUGCGGCGUCGGAAGAUCCUGGUCCUCCUGCUCCUCCUUCCCCCGACAACGCCGACAAGACCGCGAGCGCCAAGAAAGUGUUCGAGAGUGGCCGCCCGAGCUUCCGCCUCGUGGGUCUCCUCCUCCUGGCCUACCUCCUCGCCGGCACCGCCGCCUUCUACCUCGCCAUGGACCACAUGUCCGGGCACCACAGCGGCAGCCGCACGCUCGACGCCCUCUACUUCUGCGUCGUCACCAUGACCACCGUCGGCUACGGGGACCUCGUCCCGUCCAGCGACGCCGCCAAGCUCCUCGCCAGCGCCUUCGCCUUCGCCGGCGUCGCCGUCGUCGGCACCUUCCUCAGCAAGUCCGCCGACUACCUGGUCGAGAAGCAGGAGUCGCUCCUCUUCCGCGCCGUGCACGCCAACGCCGCCUACCCGGCCCGGGCGCGUCUCCGCGCCACGGAGGCGGCGAACAGGACGCGGUACAAGCUCUACGCCUCCGCGGUGCUGCUGGCCGCCUCGGUGGCUUCCGGGACGCUGUUCCUGUGGAAGGUGGAGGGGAUGCGGCCCGUGGACGCCUUCUACUGCGUGUGCUCCACGGUGACGACGCUGGGGUACGGCGACCGGAGCUUCACGUCCCGGGCCGGGCGCGCGUUCGCGGUGGUGUGGGUGACGGUGAGCACGGUGGUGGUGGCGCUCUUCUUCCUGUACGUGGCGGAGCUGUACGCGGAGCGGCGGCAGAGGCAGCUCGCGCGGUGGGUGGUCACGCGGCGGACGACGAGCGCGGACCUGGAGGCGGCCGACAUGGACGGGGACCAGCGCGUCGGGGCGGCGGACUUCGUGCUGUAUAAGCUCAAGGAGCUCGGGAAGAUUAGCCAGGAGGAUAUCGCCGAGUUCCUAGAGGAGUUCCACAGGCUCGACGCCGACCACUCUGGCACGCUCUCCCCAUCCGACCUCGCCGCCGCGCAGCCCACGGCCUGAUAGAUGAUUUUAUUGACUUUGUGGUUAGCUAAUACGACUGGUUUGUACAAAAUGUUUGUG